GAGGAGACUGACACCAAGAUGGCGCCCUUUAUAACUCUGGAUUGUUAGGAAAUCCGCUCCAAGAUGGCGGCUCUCGGAAACCGGCUGGUAUUUGGCGGCGUCCGGUUUUAUAAUGCGCGACCGCUAUGGCGGCAGCUUGGUGGGGUGUACCGGCCGGACCCUGAAGACCCUCGCACGCCGCCUUGGCAAUUGACGGCCGCUUUUGAAGCUAAGCUGUACGGACGUUAUGGAAUGGCCUCUGGGGUCGACCCGGCCCAACUCUGGCCCACUCCUGCGCAGCUUGUGGAGAUUGAGGCUGAGGAGAGAACCUGGUGCCCGUCUCUGAGGGAAAUGUUGGCGGCCCUUGACGCAAAGGAGCAAGAAGCUGAAGCCAAGAAACGGCAGAGAGAGAAGGUCAUUGCUGCCCAAAUGGCCAAGAUGCCACAGAUGAUUGCAAACUGGCAGCAGGAAAAAGAGCAGCGCAAGUCCAGGGAGCUUGAAGAAAAGGAAAGACGGCAAAAGCUACUGGCUGAAGCCCGUGAGCGCUUUGGCCACAACCUGGAUCAUCGCAGCCCUGAGUUCCAAGAAAUGGUGCAAGAAAUGGAGAAAGUUAGACGGAAGGAGCUGAAGCUGAAGAAGCAGCAGCGGAGAGAGGAAGUUCUGGCCAAAAAAUAAGCAGAAGGAACAGCUGUUGCCUCACCCCCAGACAAGGAAGAGGAGGUGGUUGCAGCAGAGGUGCCGCAAAGUCUCUAGUCAUAGGCCUUUGUGAAGGAAGUGCAGCCUCUGGGCAGUGCCUUGGACUAACAUGUUUCCCAGUGGCCCUUCAUAUCUAUUGCAACUCUUAAUGAAUGAAGUCUAAGGGCCAGUUUCUAACUCUUCCGCUAGAGUGGAUUCCAUUGACAUAGAGAAUAUUCUGAUGUUAUCCUUCUACCUAUCUCUGACCAAGUUGGACACCCAAAAUGGAUAUGCAAUAGUAACCACCUUUCCUGCUAAUGCCUCUUUCCCAGUGCAGUAAAGUAGUUCAGUUCUAGCUGACUGAAGUGCUCUGCAGUUGCAGUCAAAUAAACUUACAUGUUUUUUACUUUGAUUUUGUUAAGGUUUUCAACAGACUUGGGAGAAGGUGCUCUGAAGUUGCUAAAGCCAGCAUAUUGCUUUAUUAUGUUUGUAUUCUAAUCUUCCUUCAAGGGGCACAGAGUGAAUUUUUAUCCUCACAACAAACCUAGAGAGGUUAGUCAGCCCGUGGUUCUCCAAGGUUACCUAGUGACCAUCAUGGUUAACCAGGGACUUGAAAUUGUAGGAUCUCUGUCUAAGCCUGAUUCUAACCUGUGCCACCCUGCACCUCUAAUUGUUGCUAUCCUCUCUUUUGAAGGGAAUCAGAGCAAGAAAGUGACACCUCUUAUGCACAGUGAUUUUCCUUUAAUGUCUAAAACUAUAAAGGAGGCAGCAGGGCUGAGAAGGAUUUGAACUUUCCCAUAAAUAGAUGUGAAAAUCCAGUAUUUCUGACAGUCAUAACUUGCAAAUGAUAGAUUUAUUAUUUGCUGUGUUCACAUGUUUUGGCACAUUAUGACUCCAGAUCUCAAUAAAUAGCUUGUGGGCUUUAUCAGCUGGAUCCUGCAAUGCUAUGAAACUAUCACCAAAUGUGCAGGCUGCUCACAAAAUUAAUGGGUUCUGCUUCAUGUUCUGGAUAAGAACUUUCUUGUUCAAUUAGAACCUGUUUAGCUCUUGUUUUGGGCUCAGCAGCUAUACUCAGAUGUGAUUAUAUUUCAAAAGUCGGAGCAAAUCCCUCUCUGCUUGAAUGUGGGUAUGUUCUGUACCAUUCUGCACAGCAGAGAAAAUACUUUCCAUUAGAUAAUCAAAUUAGCUUCUCAACCAUAAACAGCUGUGACUCUAGUUUGAAUCAUACACCUUUGCAUGUUUUAAAAUUGAUCCUUCUGUCUGACAGUAGGAGCUACUGAAACUGGAGACUGUUUACAUGAGCCCCUGGUAAAGGACUUUUAUGAUUGAGCAUCUUCUACUGAAUACCACUGUUUGCACAGGAGCAAAUACCGUUCUAUCUUCAUGCAUACCUGUUGUAGCAUGAAAACCACAUGCUGAGCAUAGCAUCCUGUAAAAAGAGCUGGUAUCCUGCCCUCACCACCUCAAACUGCUUAGUUGGAAAGGUCUGUAUGGUAGCUUUCACAACGCACAGACCAAGAGAAGUUUGCAGCAUGGUGAUCUGCUUCCCUCUAGUGGAACUACUGUGGAUUCAUAUCCUUUUGAAAAGAACCUUCGUUUGGCAGUGAUCCCAGGGAACAAAAUUGGGAAGAAAAAAGAUUACAAGCUUUUUAAGGAUGCAAUCCUAGCAUGCUUAGCUACAGUAAAUCCAUUGAACUGGGAAGAAUUUCUAAGUAAACAUUACUAAAAGUCUUUUAGAACAUCUUGCUUGGGUAGUUAGAACUUCAAGUGUACUAGGGGAGUAGUACACAGGAGAUCAUCACCCUCCUUGCUAAGCCUUGUUUGCCCCAAGAACAGCCAGUUGAUAUGGAGGUGGGGGGAAGUUGGCACAUGCAUUUUCAACUCUCUUUCAGUUUUUCCUAGGAUACAUUUCAGCAGUUCAGCUAUACGGGAGGCAUGAACUAACCCUCAGCUUUUUCUUUCUAAUGAAGAUCAGUAAGAGUCACCCCCCUCUCUUGUAGGGGGUAGCAGUACUACCUUACACUUUAACCCUUGUUUGUUUGUUUUAAAAAAUGAAAGCACAACACCUUCUAUAAAUUAUUUUUAUUUUA